GGACAGCAAGGACAGAGGAGCAUCAUCACUGAGGACAUCAUGAGGACUCUAACCUUCACAGUAGGACUCCUGCUGCUGCUCACUGUUUACUACUGCGCUGCCAUGCCUCAAGCAGUGAACCAACCUGGAACGUGCUGCUUUCAAUUCUUCACAGGGAGGGUGCCGCGCAAGCAAAUCAUCUCUGUCACUGAGACCCACCACAGCUGUCAUGAAAAGGGAUUUGUGGUCGCCACUGCCAAAGGGAAGGAGAUCUGCGUGAGCCAUAAUCUGGACUGGGCUCAGAAGGCUUUUGAGGAACAAAAAGUAAACAAGGGCUAAUGCUAGCCCUCAUGAUCACUCAACCUCCAGCCUUAUUAUCGCUAUGUCUGUGUACUUUCAUGCAGCAAUCAUCAAUUUAACUGAUUAACCUUUGUUAUGUUUCAUUCUUCAUAUUUCCAUUUUGUAAAAUGUAUCGAUG